CAAACAGCUGAUUUUGAGUGCCGGUUUUGUUUUUGUAUAUGAAGUAUUAUUGAAAAAUACUAUUUAGCAAUCUAUUUGUAAUUCUAGUGGAUUAUCUCCAAAUGAAGUUCCCAUUUUUCGCAAAAGUUUCUGAUCAAGAGACUUUCAAAUUAGAUAUUCUUCUUCACUGUCUGAACUCGAAGCGUUUACUAGUUGAUCACGUUGAAAUUCUUGAGGAUUGUCUUCAAAGCCUUGGCAGUAGGGAUGAAAGUUCACAAUGUACCGGACGAACGUUGAUGUUGGCAAGUUGUAUCUCGGCUGCCAUCAUACUGUCUCCGAUACGUAGUGUCCCGCGGUGGGCAUAUGCUACUUGCACUGGAAUUGGUUUAAUUGGUGGAACAGUCUGCGGUUUCAAGCUAGUCAACCGUAUUCAUCUUAAGCGCAAGGAGAAAUCUUUACAACAUCUCAUCAAAUCACUCGAGCAGUUUGAAGUAGUGGUUAAGAAGAAUCUUUUGUUAGUUAAUGAGAGCCUUCACGUUCGAUCGAUGCAAAAAGGUGACGCAGAAGAUGUGGUUGGGAAUUGUAUUCGAUGUUGUGUUGAAACCAUCAAGAAGAUUCAUACAUCGGUACGCAUGUUGGAGAACGAGUUUCCUCUCAGCGAAAAUUUGAAUGCAUUGUACUUACCCAUGGAAGCUCUCGAGGAUUGUGAGCUGCUGUCCGAGGAGAUGGUUGCGAAGGCAAUUGGUCCUAAGGCGAUAAAGGAAUUUUACAAUAUUUUCGCUUACAUGCAGUCUCAAUACCUAACCAGAUUUGCUCUUUCUGUUGCGUGUGGUCAUCAGGUGUUACCUGAUAGAUUGCUUGAACUUAGUAACGAAAUUGACCAACAGAGGCAUAAAUGUAUGUCGUUCCUUAAUAGAAUCGCAUUUUCUAAUCAGAAUAAAGCUGUACGCGUUACACCUAAAACUCUUCCACCUGAAAUUUCCAAUUUGCGAACACUUUCUAUUACUUUAUCGGUCAAGCUAUUGAGCAUCGUUCAACAAUACAAUAAAUUGGAAGAUAGACUCGAGCAAGCGGUUCAAAACUGUGAUGGCAAUGAGCUUCCUACACAUUUGAAGUCAUUUGAGGAGCCCUUGGAAUGCAUUGCUGGCGGAUUAACAGCGUCGGAAGAGGAAUGCCAACGACUGCUGAUAUCAUUGAAAAGAAUCUUGAAUGAGGAUCCAACGGGGAGUGCGAUAAUUAAUCCACAGUUUGUACAUAAUGCCGACUCGACACAGGCUGACCAGACUGCUGCAGAGGUGCGUUGCUAUUCGGAGCAGGAUGUACCAACGAUUAGAGAUGAAUUCUUUGCUGUGGAUGGAACCGAACAACACUCAGAUGAGGAAUCCAGAAGAAGAUCGGUAGGAUCCAUCGAUGAUAUAGAUAAUAUCAACUCAAAAAUCGUGAAGAGACACUUCAAGCCAGUUCUCAAGCAACUCCGGGAACGUAUCGAACCAAUCGGGGUAGAAUUUAAGGCAAGAGAGAAGCGAGCUUUGAUGGAUAAGGGAAUUGAGUGGGAUGAUAAGGAGCAGGAUGAAUGUGGGAAAUGGUGUUCAUAUGGGAGCGAAUCGGAGAAUGACGAUGACCCGGAUCGGAACCUGCGGAAGUUGCAGAAAAGUGUUCAAAGGUAUGAUGAAGUGAGAGGUUUCCUAGCCGCAAAAAAGCAAAUGAACAUUUUCGGCUUGAAACCAAUGGAAUGUGUAGUUAAUGAAGACGUGCUCGAGUAGAUGUGCUGUCUGAUGAGCCGUUUAAAAACAACAUGUACAUGUUCCAUGUGUUCUUCAUGUGAAGUUGACGCAAUGCAGAUAUCAUCGAUGGGAGGCGAUCUGGCGUAGUGGUAACAUCCAUGCCUCUCACGCUGAAGGUCACGAGUUCAAUUCUCACUCCCGACAUUCUUCCAAAAAUGGAGGUAAAAAGUGACGAACCAGCCAAAUGAGUUGAAAGUCACUAUAAUACAGAUAAAAAAAAAGAAAAAAACAACUACAAAAAAAAACCAAAACCAAACCAAACAAAAAAACAAAAAAAUAAAAGUACCAACUCAACUGUAAUCUGUAGACAGUGGAGGAGAAGAUUGCAGCUUGGAAGCAGAAGGCAGUGCAUGGUGCCCACCCCCAUCAACUGGACCGGCCACACGUCGACAAGGCCGCAUCUAAUCUGUGGCUAACGCGUGGUGAACUCUCUUCAGUAGUAGAAGCCGACAUGAUAGCCAUCCAGGACAGGAUAAUGCCGACGAGAAACUGCAGGCGGUACGUCUGGCAUCAAGACGUUGAUGACAUUUGCCGGAUGUGCCAUCAACCACGUGAAAACAUAGAGCACAUUAUGGAAGGCUGUCCCGUUUUGGCCAACGCAGCCUACACCGAGCGCCACAACAACGUGGCCCGUAUUGUUCAUCGACAACUGGCGCUCCAAUGUGCUCUACUGGAAGACAACGUACCAAACUACCGGUACCUGCCUGCAGCUGUCCUGGAAAAUGACCGUUUCAAGCUGUACUGGGAUCGCACUGUUCUGACCGACCUCUCGAUCCACCACAACCGCCCAGAUAUAAUAGUUUACGACAAGAGCGACCGCAAAGUCACCAUCAUCGAUGUCGCUAUUCCACUGAACCAGAAUCUGGAGGAGACCCACGGUCGCAAAAUCUGCAAGUACCGACCAUUGACCGUGGAGCUCAAGGAACUGUGGGGGCUAAGGGAGGUCCCAAGAAUUGUUCCAGUCGUUCUCUCUGGAACUGGAAUGGUCCCGAAGACACUUCUGGAAGCGCUAAAGGUGUUGAAUAUGGAGAAGGAAUUGGCCGGCAUCCAAAAGUCGGUCAUCCUUAGCACCUGCGCGAUUGUCCGACAAUUUCUCGGUCAGGACUGAAACAGCACGAGCAUGCAGAUACGUGCAUUCCGCAGAGCCUAGUCCCCCUUUGGCAUUCAGAAGCCCGGGGGCAGGUGAAAAUUCUGGCUAGGUUCGCCUAGUUAAGAAGUGAGAUAAGUCUGCCAAAAAAAAUAUCAAUCAUCGAUGAAUACAAUUACAAAAUCGAGAUCUCCAAAAACUGUGUGCAUGAAACGUUGAAUGGUUUGGCUCGCGUUGCACAAACCAAACUGCAUUCGUGUAAGUUCGAACAAGCCGGAUGGUUAAUUACGGCUGGUUUUGGAAUGUCUGCUUCUUCAACUGGUUUCUGAUGAUACGCUCUUUCCAAGUCAAGCGUUGUGAAAAUAUUCUUACCUUGUAGAGAGUUAAGUAGAUCGUGAACAUGAGGCACUGGAUAACGGUCCGGAAUCGUUACUUGAUUUAGCUGCCGAUAGUCGCCGACGAAUCUCCAUUGACCAUUCGUUUUUGGAACGCAGUGUGGAGGACUAGUCCAUCUGCUGCAUGAUGGGCGGCAAAUACCCAGUUUAUUCAUUAAGGCAAAUUCCUCUGUUGCGGCAUUUAAUUUGUCUGGGUGCCUUCACCUCACUUUGCUUGCUUUUGGUGGACCUUUGGUAAGAAUAUGAUGCGUGACGUCAUGCUGAACCUCAAUACGCAGACUUCCCGGAAGUGUAACUUGACGAUACUCAGGUAGAAGCUGAUGGAACGGGUGAUUUAAAUUAAUGCUAGUUAUGCUGUGGAUUCGGGUAGUCAUCACGUUGCCAGAAGAUUGCAUCAUUGUUUUCGAAUCAAUUAGAACUUUGUUUGUUAAAUCGACCAGAAGCCCGAAAUGCGCCAAAAAAUCUGCUCCGAAAAUUCCAAGUAAAUUUCCGUCAUUAUCCGAGGUCUGUUGAUACAAUUUUCGUCGUGUACGUUUUGAUGCCCGUACCGUUUGCUGCGUGUAGAGUAAAUAAUGUUUUAGUUGUCGAUAAUUUUUCUUUUCUCGUUGCUGGAAUUAAAACGAAACGUCGGAACCCGUGUCAAUGAGGAAUCGGUAAUUACUCGUUCUGUCUGAUAACAGGAGGCGCCGGCUCGUAAAUGCUACGCCCACUUCGGCCGAUUCGUGCGAGCAGAGAGCUAGUUUUUUUUGUUUUUUAUAUUGGCAAGGUGGCUUGCAGUGCUGUGCUUGCCGUCCAUAUUUUUGAUGAUACCAGAAAAAAUCAUUGUUUGGUCUUGUUCGGGACGAAGAACGAUUGCGGUAAGGUGAGGGAUUGAACUCGAGAUGACGAAUCUCCGCACUGAGAACCUCCAGCUGCUCUUGUAAAGAUACAAUUUGAUUUUAAGUUUCGCUUGAAGAUGGAACCGUCGUUAUUCCCGCGACUUGAGGUGAUCCUGCCAUUUUAUCGGUCAUUUCUGCUAGCUUGGGUAAAGUUCCAUCGAAACAACAUCUUGAGUAAAUUUUCACUAACGUUCAGACCAGCUGCCAGUUCCUCAUUUUAGCUAGCAAAUGUGUCGGUCGUAUAUCUCCAAGGUUAGACGCACUAAGCAGCCGCUCCAAACGAGCCUCUGAUGACAAGGCAAAACGUGAAAUUAACCUCUCUUUUAUCGCUUUAUAUUUUUCUUGUGGAGGGGGGUUCGACACUAAAUUCGCAAUGUGACAUAUUACUGAUUAGAGAUGUGCCAUCCGCUCAUGAGCUGUUCCGAAGAAUCGACUCUUUGAAGUGAGUUGACGCGGAACAGCUCGCAAAAAAAAAUCAAACAGCUCUUCAGCUCACUUUGAUGAUGAUGAAGGAGAGAAAAGAGCUGUAGAAUUGAAGAGAGUGUGUGAGCUGUAAGAUUCAAAUGAACUGACCGUCUCUCGCUCUCCGUGCUAUGACAUCAGUUCAGUUUCAUUUGUUCCUUGUCUUUUCAACUGUUAUAUUCGGGUUGACGGAAUUGGGCUUUGUUUUAGGGGGCGCCAAAAAUAAUAAUUGUCUUUCAGGCAGAAUGAACACGUUUUUAAAAUUAAAAUUAUGAAUGAAAAUUAAAAUCUGUGUAUUAAAUUAGUCUAAAACACUUUGUUUGUAGGCGGUGAAAAAAUCUCAAAAAAUUCUUCUUGAAGACAAUUUUAUAUUAUAAUGAAAAGUCUCAGUAAAAAUAUCGGAAAUGUAUAGACAAAAAUUCAUUUAAAUUUUAACAUUUUAAACUGGCUUCGUCUUCUAAUCUGAUAAAGAUUACACUAUCGAGUUUGGGACCCAAAUUGAAAGUCGCCACCAGAUGUCGACACUGACAACUGAGCUGAAGAGCUAUUCAUAAAGAACAGCUCUUCUAGAUGAGCUGAGCUGAUCUGAGCUGUUCAUCAUGAUGAGCUGGAUUGCACACCUCUAUUACUGAUUGGUCCACUUUCGCUACGAUGCGAUAAAAUUUGGUUUCAUCCUUUACGACCUUUGCCAAAUUAAUUGAGCAUCAUUUACCACACGACACCGCGUGUGGUAAAAAACUGACUAUUGUCGUUCUCUCUCCUUCUCUUCGUUUCUCGACAUAGAGUGAUUCUCUCUCUGGUAAAUUAAUAGGGUGUGCCUAGACGGCAACCCAUAGUGGUUCAAACAUUAUAGAAUAAGAUGUAGAACGGGUUCUCAUUAACAGAAAUUUGAAAUUCAAAAUGUAACUAUACAAAUUAACCACCUGUUCAUAUUACCCCCACUGUCCGUAUUACCCCCAGGUUCCCUGAAUUCUCAUAAGAAGGAAAAGUCCUCUUUCGGUUAUUAACAACUCUCAUUUCCUUGAAUCGGUAAUCGGUAAUGAAUUAGAGAGACUUUAAACUCUGAGAGUUCAUUCGUCUCUAUUUCCUUGAAGAAACAAGUAUCCCAACAAAUUCCACAAUUCGGUAGAAGGACUUUCUUUCCCUAGACAAAACACAAUGAGUUACCAACUUGACAGCCACUUGCCUUACACAUAUUUUUGUAGUUUUUUACAUACAUAUAUCAGCCCGUGAUUGAUCGUACAUCUUACCGUUUUAUUUAUCAACAAUAGCUUAUAAGACAUUGGUUUCAAUAAAUUACAUGUUACAUUUCGAAUGAAUGAUGCAAAAUUUCUACGAUGAGAAGUGAUAGAUAGACAAGUACAUUGAUUCGACGACGCAAACAAACAAUGAACAAUACAAGAAUGUUAUUAUCAGCGGUAAACAAAGAAUAUUUGCGCCUGAAUAAACCUAUACAGUUUAACAGAAAGUGAAAAAAAUAUACCUUGAAUGAUUCUUGUUGCCUCAUUGCUCUAAAAUAAUCCGAACAGUUUACGCAUUCGACCCGUUUGAAAAUGUUUUCACCUUGUAUAUACGAAAAAAAUAUACAAACAAAAUUUACAGUUGAUGGGAAAUUUUUCCCAUUUACAGCUUGGGCCAUGCGUAAACAGCUGGCAGAGCCGGCUUAUAGCUCACGUCAUACAUCUGCGAUCGGAUGAAGGCUUCUUUAUCGCUCGGCUCCGGUUUGGUGCAGGCGAUUCCAUUCUCAUACGCGUAUUCCAUUACGCGGACAGCAAUCUUGAUCGAACAAUCCUGGAUCGAUUCCAAGGGGGGAUAGAGGUUACCACUCUCGAGAUCCUCUUCGGUCACGAUAUCCGACAAACGUUGCGCCGAAAUGAGGAACA